AUGUCAAACAACGGAGAUUCAGACAGCCCUAGCCAGAAGGGAAAAAAAGGAGGGAGUUCUCUGCUGGGUUUAUCUGCUGGAACAAAAACCCUAUAUCGAUAUAACAGAGUCCGAAGUCCUAUCAAGGAAUACUGGAGACAAGACUGGGCCGGAGAAGACUUGAAUGAAAUUGAGUUUCUGAAAAAUACAAUUCAAUCUUUAGAACCAGCAAUCAUCACAUUGCAAACUAAUGGAAGCUUGGAGAAACUAGAAUCGUUGAUUCUCCCAGAAGGAGGAAAUUCUGAUUAUAAAAUUCAUUUCUGUCAGAGCCAAAAUCCAGGAGAGCAAGCGAACUCCGGGAUCAUUUGGAAUUCCAAGGUGUACAGGUGUAGAGUAGUUUAUGUACAGGAGCUAACUAAACUAUUUCCUCUGCUAGCUGUACAUAACUUCUGUAUGAUUCAUCUCUUCGGUCAUGAGAAUACACAGGUACUGCUCAGUGAUCUAAAUAUUUACGAAACAUUUAUUCAUCGAUAA